AUGACAGGUAAAUCUUGUAAGGGUAGAGUUCUAUGUACCGGCGGAAUGGGCUACAUUGGUUCGCAUACCAUCGUGAUGCUACUUGAGGCAGGAUAUGAUUGUGCUAUUGUGGAUAACCUGUCGAAUUCUUCGGGGGAGGUAUUGAAUCGCCUUAAGACCAUUACAGGGGUAGACGUGCCUUUUUUCAACGCGGACGUUGGUGAUGUUGAUGCUAUGGAGAAGCUGUUCCGGGAUGAGAAGUUCGAUUGUGUCAUCCACUUCGCGGCGUUCAAAGCGGUUGGUGAGAGCGUUGAGAAGCCUCUGAUGUACUACCGUAAUAACAUUGGAGGGACCAUCACUAUGCUGGAAGCUAUGCUGAAAUACAACUGCAAGAAAGUUGUCUUUUCGAGCAGUGCUACGGUGUAUCAGGCAAGUUUGAGAACGGUUCUUGCGGCCAGUGAGAAGCCCCUGACUGAGGACUGGCCUUUGGGACCGAUUAAUCCAUAUGGGCAGACCAAGAGGAUGAUGGAACAAAUACUGGAGGACUGCUGUGUUCCUGAUAAGGAGAUGAAAGUUGAGCUGCUGAGCCAAAAACUUCUCUGCGUAUCGUUCAAAUGUUCGGAGACGAGUAAUGUCUGA